GGCGCUCCCCAUCGCGCUUCUCUCUCCCAUUCUGCCCCCAGGCUAGCCCAGUCAUUCUGUCCCUCCAGACAUGCUGCUGGGCUCAAGCUGGAAGAAGAAGACGGAGGAUAUUGGCAAAAUCUACGACAUUCGAGAGAAACUGGGCGCGGGAGCUUUUUCUGAGGUGUUUCUGGCCCAGAACCGGUGCUCCAAGAGACUGGUGGCUCUCAAGUGUAUCCCAAAGAAGGCUCUGAGGGGGAAGGAGGUGGCCGUAGAGAAUGAGAUCGCUGUUCUCAAGAAGGUCAGUCACCCCAACAUCGUGGCCCUUGAAGACGUCCAUGAGAGCAGCUCCCACCUCUACCUGGCCAUGGAACUGGUGACAGGGGGGGAGCUGUUCGAACGGAUCAUGGAACGGGGUUCAUACACUGAGAAGGAUGCCAGCCACCUGGUGGGGCAGGUCCUGGGAGCUGUCUCCUACCUACACAGCUUGGAUAUCGUGCACCGAGACUUAAAGCCUGAAAAUCUCCUGUACGCCACCCCCUUUGAGGAUUCUAAGAUCAUGAUCUCGGACUUUGGCCUGUCUAAGAUUCAGGAGGGCAAUGUCUUGGGCACAGCCUGUGGAACCCCAGGCUAUGUUGCCCCUGAACUCCUGGAACAGAAGCCCUAUGGGAAAGCUGUAGAUGUCUGGGCCCUGGGGGUCAUCUCCUAUAUCCUUCUUUGUGGCUACCCCCCCUUCUAUGAUGAGAACGACUCAGAACUCUUCAGUCAAAUCCUAAAAGCCAGCUAUGAGUUCGACUCCCCCUAUUGGGAUGACAUCUCUGAAUCGGCCAAAGAUUUCAUCAGGCACCUCCUGGAGAGAGACCCUGAGAGGCGAUUCAGCUGUGAGCAAGCUUUGCAGCACCUUUGGAUCUCUGGAGACACGGCCCUGGACAAGAAUAUCCUCAGUUCCGUCACCGAGCAGAUCCAGAAGAAUUUUGCUCGGACCCACUGGAAGAGGGCUAUCAAUGCCACGUCUUUUCUUCGGCACAUCACCAAGAUGGGACAGAGCACCGAAGCAGAUGGGGACGAAGGCCCCGCUGAGCCCAUCCCUCAGGGAGGGCAGCAGAAAAAGUGAUCAUGUCUCACGCCAACUGGCCACUCAUUCAUCAAGUUCAGAAAUCACUUCACCUUGAGCCA